CUCCAUCUUUUUCGGAUCCUUGUGGCCUCACGAACCCUCUCACCGGAAAACCGUUACGUCCAUCCAGUCCAGAUCCGAAAUGGCCAAGCCAAGAGUUUUCUUCGAUGUCACGUCCGACGGGGCCCCCAUGGGCCGGAUCGUAAUGGAGCUCCACGCCGACGUGGUGCCCAAGACCGCAGAGAACUUCCGCGCCCUCUGCACCGGCGAGAAGGGCUUCGGCUACAAGGGCUCCACGUUCCACCGCGUCAUCCCCCAGUUCAUGUGCCAGGGCGGUGACUUCACCAACCACAACGGAACCGGCGGAAAGUCCAUCUAUGGCAACAAGUUCGCCGACGAGAACUUCACUCUGAAGCACACCGGUUCCGGCAUCCUGUCCAUGGCCAACGCUGGACCAAACACAAACGGGUCCCAGUUCUUCAUCUGCACAGAAAAGACAAGCUGGCUUGAUGGAAAGCACGUGGUGUUCGGUCAGGUGGUGGAGGGUCUGGACAUCGUCAAAAAGAUGGAGGCCAAAGGCACCCAGAGCGGCAAAACUUCCUCCAAGCUCGCCAUCGCUGACUGCGGGCAGCUCUGAGCUCCAGCACUUAACCUUUCUGCUCGUCCUGUAGCCGCACCCCUGUAGGCUCCAGCCCCCCCCUCCCUAACCCCCCCCCCAUCCAGUUCAACAUUCCUAUUGAUGGAGAUUCAGCUGAUUCCCCCCCCCCCUCCCUGUCCCUUCUUUUAUAUUCUGUUGUUAAAAUAAUGUUGUUGCAUUUGUGACUUUGCCUUUAAAGUUUCUUUUGCAUUAACGUUUUUUCCACAAAGCCCCAACGGUUUUUUUGUUAAGUCGAAAAAUGAAAUGAGAGAAAAUAAAAGAAGUUGCCUUGACAAUUGAAA